GUCAGCGACACCGGUAAGACAUGUAAAAUGUUAAUAUGAUAUUUUGUUAUUUUUAAAAUACAUAACAAUAUGGUAUUUGAAUAGCUUGUCAUACAUACGUUUUCAGCGAGUUUUUACUGGUACCUGAUGAAAUGGUGGAACUACACAGGCAUUUGAAUAGCUUUUGACCUUUAUGAACUCUCUAGACCUUUCAUUUGUCUUCAGAAUGGGUUGUAUGUGUGGCAAAGAAUCUCUUGAUAUUAAUGGUCGACGGUUUUAUGUACGUUCAAGACUUGGAGAAGGAGGCUUCAGUUAUGUUGACCUUGUGGAAGAUGCUCAUUCGAAGCAGUUGUUUGCUUUGAAACGUAUCACGUGCCAUACAAAAGAUGAGGAGAGACAAGCCAUGCAGGAAGUGGAAAUUAUGAGAACAUUCCGCCACAUGAACAUUAUUCCACUCGAGGAAUACAACAUGGUUCCUGUUAACUAUCACUCUCAGACAGUAGACAUUGUUAGCGAUGUGUUGAUAGUGAUGCCCUAUUAUAGGAAAGGUUCUAUCCAAGACAGAAUGGAAAUUCUUGCUAAAAGGUCUGAAAAGAUGUCUGAAGAUAAAAUUUGGAGAUUGUUUCAUGGAAUAUGUAAUGGUGUCAACGUCAUGCAUAACCAUAAUCCCCCUUAUGCCCACAGGGAUUUGAAACCUGCCAAUGUGAUGAUAGCCGAAGAUGAAACUCCAAUAAUUAUGGACUUUGGUUCAGCUGCUAAAGCAAGAGUUGAAGUUCGAAAUGCAAAAGAGGCAACUCAUUUACAAGAUAUUGCAGCAGAAAGGUGUACUAUAAUGUACAGAGCCCCCGAACUUUUCAAUGUAGACAUGAAUGCUGAUAUUGAUGAGCGGACUGAUGUGUGGUCUUUGGGUUGUGUUCUGUAUGCGAUGGCGUUUUUGGAGUCUCCGUUUGAACAGUUGUAUCAACGUGGAGACAGUUUGGCGCUGGCAGCUUUAGGAGGGAACGUCAAAUUUCCUGAACAUACAGGGUUUUCUAAAACACUAGAGGAGAUGAUAAUGUGGAUGAUGACAGCCAAUGCUGCAGAGCGACCUUUUGUGCACCAAGUACUUGACAGAAUAGAAGUGCUACAGCAUCAAAGUGAAAACAGAGUUUGACUGUUUGAGUAUUUAUUACACAAUACACAGUGCAAUACGGUGCUGGCACCAACCAAAUUAUUCCAGUUACAGUCAGGACAAACCAUUUAAUUGCAGAUUUAUGGUGGAACCAUCCAGUUCAUUCCAGUCACCGUGGGGACCAACCAGUUCAUUCAAAAUUAAAUAUUCCACUAUAUUAAUAACAGAAUGGUUGAAAUUGAAAUCAGGUAAAAGACACACUACUUUGGAAUCAUCAGACAAAACAACUGCAGAAUAUUUCUGUCAUUUACUUAAUAAAGAAUGAUCUUAAA